GUCAGUCUUGCAUUUGGCACCAAACUUACAAGUUGAAAUAAAAAUUUCCUUAUAAACUCAAAUAUACAGAUAGAUUUUAUCCAAAAACAUUUUUCUAGUAAAAAAGUAAAAGGAAACUACAAAUAAUAGUAGAAAAUGUGUGGUAGAUUUGCCUGUACGCUAGCUCCCGAGGAAAUUUGUAAAAGUUGUUCUAGAAAAACUAAAUCAAACAAAAGCCAAGAACCAACAUGGCGAGACGCGCCAGGGAGUAACAAAUACUAUUCAUCUUAUAAUAUCGCUCCAGGAAGUUUUACGCCAGUACUUGUCUCCGAAAAGCACUUUUCAGAGGAUCUCGAAAAGACAGAGGAGUCUGUGAAAGAUGACAAGAAAGUAAAUUACGUUGUUCAACCAAUGAGAUGGGGUUUAGUGCCUUUCUGGCACAAAGGAGAGUCUAUUAAAAGUGUUGGAUAUAAUAUGAUUAAUUGUCGAAGUGACACUAUGGAAUCGAAGAAUGCAUUUUCAGUCCCAUUAAAGAAGGGAAAACGUUGCGUUGUUCUUUUGAACGGGUAUUACGAAUGGCAGGAAAAGAACGAUGUUACUGGUAAAAAGCAACCGUUUUUUAUUACUAACAAAUCUUCAGAAGAAAAACAAAGUCUGUUAACAGUAGCAGGUAUAUUUGAUACCUGGAAACCUAAGGAUGGAGAGGAUCUAGUGAACAGCUAUACCAUAAUAACUGUUGAUGCACACGAAGACUUAAAAUGGCUUCAUAAUAGAAUGCCAGCAAUUUUAAAAAAUGAUAAGGAGGUUUAUGAUUGGUUGGAAAAUGGAGAAUUGUCAUUAAUCAGACCUAUUAAUGAGGUAAAUUAUCAUCCAGUAUCCAGUGCAGUAAAUACUGUUAGUAAUAAAGGAGAAGAUUGUGCUAAAGAAGUUGAAUUAAAGAAACCUGAGGAGAGUGCAUCAAGUAAAUUUAUGUCCAAUUGGUUAAAGAGGAAAUCAAAUGAUAAAGAGAUAAAAGAAGAAGUAAAAGAAAAGAUAAAGAAAGAAGAAAUUAAACAAGAAUAG